AUGAAAGCCUACUACAUCGUCGUCCUCUUCGGCAUGGCCCUCACCGCCAUGGCCGCUCCUACUAGAGGCGGCGGCGGCCUCGGUGCAGGUGGUGGUUCUGGAUCAGGCCUUGCGGGCGGUGGCGGUGGCGGCAUAACCAUUGGAACUGGCAUUUCCGGGGGAUUUGGAGGUGGUGUUGGUGGAGGAUCUGGAUCUGGUCUUGGAGCCGGAUCAGGUGCCGGUGCUGGAGAGGGUAAAGGGAAGGGCAAGGGUGGAUGGUAA